UAUUAUUCACUGAUUACCUACCUACACAUCUUAUUUCAACUUAGUGACAAAAUAGGAUUUCAUAUCUUAUCAUCCAUUUUUAGAUAGUGUAAAAUAAAAAUUUUAGUUUGUUGUAACCAUUUUGUCUGUUACCUCUACAUACCAUAUAAUUAUUCACUGUCCUUGAAUUUUGCACUAGGCACAAUAGUUGUCUGCUAUUAAAUACAUAUUUUAAGGUUUUUCAUUUUUAUUUUACCUGUGUUGUAAUUCAUAUCGCAAGUCAAGAUUAUGAAGUAUUUAUUGUUAUAAAUAUCAGCACUUAAGCUGAUAUCAAUCACUUAAAUCCUACUAAAGUGUAGCAAAACCACAAUGGACUCUUCUUCAAAUACACAAACAGUGAAAGUGUAUAAAUAUCGAUGGAUAACUCUUUCAAUAUUUUGUUUCUAUUCUUCAAUAAACUUCGUGCAGUUUCUUCAGUAUUCGAUCAUUUCAAACAUCACAGUCUAUUAUUACAAUGUAGAAGACACACUUGCGGACCUGACAGGUCUAUUCUUCAUGAUUUCAUUUAUCAUAUUUUGCCUUCCAGUCAACUACCUUAUCGAAAAAUACAAUUUGAGAACCACUGCCCUUAUCACUAGCAGUUUAACAACAUUAGGAAACCUUAUUAAAUUACUUUCAGUUUCUCCGGACCGAUUUUAUGUUGUUUUAAUUGGCCAAGCUCUCUGUGCUAUUGCCCAAGUUUUUGCGAUGAGUAUCCCAUCGAAAUUGGCAUCAACAUGGUUUGGAGCAGAAGAAGUCUCCACAGCUUGCGCUAUCGCAAUUUUUGGGACUCAGAUCGGGGUUGCAAUGGGAAGCAUCAUGUCUUCACAUUUGGUCAGAAAUAGUAAGAAUAUUGACGAAAUUGGUGAUGACUUUAUGACACUACAAAUAAUCAACGGCUCCAUAACGGUUGCUAGUUUUAUUACAGUUUUAUUAUUUUUUAGGGCUAGACCUCCACAGCCUCCAAGCCAAUCUCAAGUCACCAUCAUUGACGCGGAAAAACCUUCGACUAUGUCAAUUAUCAAACAAAUGAUCAGGAAUAGAGAUUAUGUGUUAUUACUAAUAGCGAUAGGAAGCUCGAAUGGAUUAUAUUCCUCGUUUGGAAUUUUGUUUAAUGGCCUUUAUCUCAAUUAUUUUCCUGACUCUGAGGCCGAAGCUGGGAUAAUUUCAGCUCUAGCCAUUAUUGCUGGCGGUUGCGUUGGCAGUGUAAUAUUUGGAUAUGUUUUGGACAAGUGGCACCAUUUUAAAUACACCUCCUUUUUCGUUAUUUUUUUAUCUGCAGUUACAUACAUUUUUGUGGUUGUUUCAAUGGAAGAAAAGGUUCAAUUGGUCACAUAUUUCACCAUUCCACUGUUUGGAUUUUUCAUUGCGAGUACAUUACUCGUAGGUUUUGAAUUUGCUACUGAACUCAUGUAUCCCGUUCCUGAAGCCGCAUGUUGUGCCAUUUUAAAUGCUUUUAUUUAUAUUUUUUCAGUGGCGUACACUCUAAUUUUCGGUGCUUUGUUUGACUCGAUUGGUUAUAUACCGACAAAUAUUAUUAUAAUAGUAAUUUUAAUGCUAAGUUCAUGUAUUGUUUAUUUUAUUAGACCAAAUUUGCGACGAAGAGAAGCAAACAUGAAUAAAUAAACUAUUUUUUGACUA